AUGGCCGCUCCAAACAACUCGGACGGCUACAGCCCUCCGCCAGGCUACGACGAGACGACUCCCACUGCCUCACAGAAUGGCGCAACGAUGCGCUUGUUGACCAACACAGAUGACUACCCACCAGCGUCAGUAAACCAGUCGCAGACCUCCCCCUCCAAACCCUCCCCGCACGAUCUUUUCCUGCGAGCACAAGAGCGAUUGAGAAACGGCGCUACAUCUGCACAUCAAUCCCCGCAAACACAUGCACAAGCACAACAAGCACCGUACAUACCUCCACCUUCGCCAACUGAGCACCAGACUCAGUCCCACAGCCAGGAGGAGCUGAAUGCACUGCUGCGUGACGUUGAGAGCGACCUUUCCCAAAGCACACGAGCUUCGGCCCCCAGAACGAAGCGAUACAAAGUCCACUUCAGAGACAAGAGCACAGACAAUAUCAAACAAGAUAUCCCACCCGCUGGUAACCUUGGCUCAUUGCCCUCAUUCAACAGGCCCCCAAGUCCCCUUCAGCGAACCCACCAGCAUCAGCCCAGUAUCCGGCUGCUUAGCAGGCAGCCUUCGGUACUGGAUAAUGCGCCGGAGAUUCCACCCCCGACCAACGACUACGACCCUUACCGACCGUCAUCUCGCACAUCGCAAUCGCCCACGAGAACAUUCGGUACACCACGAGGAUCGAGAGAAUAUGCCAGGCCUCCGGCUACAAACGUGCCCUACGAACCGGCGGACAUCAAUGGAGCUCCUCGACCCGGCACACCCUCCUCACAAUAUGGCUCACCGAAGCGACCACUUCCUCCAGCGCCCCUCUUCGCCGCGGGACGGCCUGCGUCAGUUCGUUCUGCAGAAGCAGAGAAAGAGCCUGAUAUGACUUCCAUACCCAUUGACGGACCUGAUGAUGUCUUUGGUCCAGCAACCGGAGACAGCGAUUUCCAGCGUCCUGAUCUGCAGUCGCGCGACAGUUUCAUGUCGCAGUCCACGCUCACAGACGGAGACGGCAUGUACUCUGCGAAGCUGGAAGAUGAUGAGGAUCUUUAUGGUCCUGCGCCUACAGGCAAGCAGGAGAGAAGAGGAGCACGUCAAGCACAGAUGGCGACAAAAGAGGUCAAGCUCAUUAACGGCGAGCUGAUUCUGGAGUGCAAGAUUCCCACCAUCUUGUACUCUUUCCUUCCUCGUCGCGACGAUGUCGAGUUCACCCACAUGCGCUAUACAGCCGUCACUUGCGAUCCAGAUGAUUUCGUGGACCGAGGAUACAAGCUGCGUCAGAACAUUGGACGGACGACUCGUGAGACGGAGCUCUUCAUCUGUAUCACGAUGUACAACGAAAACGAGAUCGACUUUACCCGCACAAUGCACGGUGUGAUGCGCAACAUCUCACAUUUCUGCAGCAGAGCCAAGUCCCGGACCUGGGGCAAGGAUGGAUGGCAGAAGAUUGUCGUCUGUAUCAUUUCCGAUGGUCGAGCGAAAGUACAUCCUCGAACGCUGGAUGCUCUUGCGGCUAUGGGAUGCUAUCAAUCGGGUAUCGCCAAGAAUCUGGUGAACCAACGUGAGGUGACGGCACAUGUGUACGAGUACACUACGCAAGUGUCGCUGGAUUCAGAUCUCAAGUUCAAGGGCGCAGAGAAGGGCAUUGUCCCGUGCCAAUUGAUCUUCUGUUUGAAGGAGAAGAACGCGAAGAAGCUGAACAGCCAUCGAUGGUUCUUCAAUGCCUUUGGCCAAGCGCUGAACCCGAAUGUCUGCAUUCUUCUCGACGUCGGAACGAAACCUGGAGAGGAUUCGCUGUACCAUCUUUGGAAAGCUUUCGAUCGUGACUCGAACGUCGCGGGUGCCGCUGGAGAAAUCAAGGCAGCGAAGGGCAAGGCCUGGAGUGCGCUGUUGAAUCCCCUUGUCGCCUCGCAGAACUUCGAAUACAAGAUGUCGAACAUCCUGGACAAGCCGCUGGAGUCCGUCUUUGGAUACAUCACGGUCUUGCCUGGUGCUUUGAGUGCCUACCGAUACCAUGCUCUGCAGAACGAUGAGACUGGUCAUGGCCCGCUUAGUCAAUACUUCAAGGGCGAGACACUCCACGGACAGGAUGCCGAUGUCUUCACAGCCAACAUGUACCUCGCUGAAGAUCGUAUUCUUUGCUGGGAGCUCGUGGCCAAGCGCAGUGAGCGAUGGGUGUUGAAGUACGUUCGAAACGCCACAGGAGAGACAGACGUGCCAGACGCAGUGCCUGAGUUCAUGUCUCAGCGCAGAAGAUGGCUGAACGGUGCUUUCUUCGCGGCCGUCUACUCCGGCCUCCACUGCAGGCAAAUCUGGUACACCGACCACACCAUCGCGAGGAAGAUCCUGCUGCAUAUCGAAUUCGUCUACCAAUUUGUGCAGCUCCUCUUCACGUUCUUCGCGCUCGGCAACUUCUACCUCACCUUCUACUUCAUCGCCGGCUCGCUGGCAGACAAGAAGGUCGAUCCUUUCGGACAUGGCAUUGGCAACUUCCUCUUCAUCGUCCUUCGCUACGUCUGCAUCCUCACGAUCAUCGUCCAGUUCAUCUUGUCCAUGGGUAACCGACCGCAAGGAGCGAAGAAGAUGUUCUUGGCCUCAAUGAUCAUCUUCAGUAUCAUCAUGGCCUACAACACCUUUGCCGCCAUUUACAUCGUCGUCCGCCAACUCACCGAAGGCUCCUCCAUCUCCUUUGGCAACAACGUCUUCACCAACCUCGUGGUCUCCACGCUCUCCACCGUCGGCCUCUACUUCUUCAUGAGCUUCUUGUAUCUCGACCCCUGGCACAUGUUCACCUCAUCAGGCGCCUAUUUCGCCCUCCUUCCCUCCUACAUUUGCACGCUCCAAGUCUACGCCUUUUGCAACGCCCACGACGUCACGUGGGGCACCAAAGGCGACAACGUCAUCAACAAAGACCUGGGUGUAGCAAAGGUGGGCAAGAACGGCACCGUCGAGGUCGAAAUGCCCUCGGAACAACUCGACAUCGACUCGGGCUACGACGAAACCCUCCGCAACCUGCGCGACCGCGUCGAAGUCACCAAACCCGGCGUCUCAGAAACCCAGCUCCAGGAAGACUACUACCGCGCGGUGCGCACGUACGUGGUGAUCGUGUGGAUGAUCUGCAACGCCAUCCUCGCCAUGGGCGUCAGCGAGAUCUACUCCAACACGCACGUGGCCAACAACUACUACCUCAAGUUCAUCCUCUGGAGCGUGGCGUGCCUGGCGCUGUUCCGCGCCAUCGGCAGCACGGCGUUCCUGGUCAUCAAUGGCGUGCACUCGUUCGCGGAGGGCAAGACCAAGUGGGCGAAUAAGGCGAAUAGCGUGAUGAGUGGGGGGAAGAGCGGGAGUGUUGGGGGAAGGAGUUCGGGCAGUUGGAGCAGUAAGUUGAGUAUGCCGAGUUGGGUCAGCAGUAGUGGGAGUUGGGUGAGUAGUAAGGUGAGUAGUUUUACGCCGAGUAGUGUGGGGAGUUCGCUUGGGAGGAGGUGA